UUUUUUUUUUUUCAUUUUUUAUUUCGAAAUCGUUAGCUUGUACGAUAUUUGUUAAGAUGAUAAAAGAUAGUUUCCGAAUAUAAUGCGUUAUUACAUAAUCAAAAACUAAAAUUAUUAAAUACUUAAAUGGCUAAAUGAUCGGUUUGGUUUACACGUUCAAUUCCAAGUUCAAAACUGCCGAUCAAACCCUUAAACCACCAAAACCGAACUGCAUAGAUCUCAAACCGACUCAAACGUUUUGUUUUGGACGGUUUCAAUGGUUUAUGAACGCCCUUGCCUAGCUUAUUAGAAAAUCGUAUGUUGCUAUAUCAGUUUGGUUAGACUAUCGUCCAAUCAGGUCGCGCGGUGAAUAUGAUUUUGUUUAUAACGUUAUCCAUACGUUUUUUAAACAUAUGUCAAAUGAAGUUGGGCUCAGACUUGAUAUCCAACAUUGUAGCUUACCCAUUGUAGAGGUGCGCAAAAAAAACCAUACCCGGAACUAGGGGUGAGCAAGUUUAGGUCCAAACCGAAAAUGACCGAGAACCGAACCGAAAAUAUACCCAACCCGACCAGAACUCAAGUACCUAGGUAUUUAGAUCGGUUCCAAUUUUUCAUAUAAAAUCGGGUCGGGUCGGUUCUCGGUUCUUUUCAUGGUGAAACCCGACUUGGACCUAUGGACUGGAACCGACCCUAUAUUUAGGGUAGUGAAUCGGUUCUGUAUUUUAUGUUUGAUCGGUUCUCGGGUCGGGUCGGGUAAUGGUCGGGUAGGGUCGGGUUUUGCCUUUUGCUCACCCCUACCCGGAACCGGACCCAGUAAAAAAACGGGUAUUCUAUACCCGAAACCGAAACCUACCCUACCCGUAGGGUAUAGAUAGGGUAUGCAUUUUGAUCUCAAUACCUGAAACCGAAACCGAAACCGAAACUAAUCAUACCUGAUUAAUACCCGAAACCGGAUAAGAACCGGAACCGAUUAUACCUUGCUAUUCCCGAUACAUGAUUCUUCUGAUACUAUCGUUUAAAUUUAUGUUAGGGCAUUUAUUUUAAAUUUUUUUACAUUAUACAAUUCAUAUUUAAUAACAACAAUAAACAAAAAAGACGAGAAAAUAGGAUAAUAAAAACGCAAUAGAGUAUUAAAAAACGUGAAAAUAUGGUACUAAAAAACUCGGAAAUAGGAUAUAAAACCCCAGAAAAUAAGGUAUUUUAAUACCCGGUUUCCUAAGACCCGGAACCGAGCACAUAGGGUACGGAUUUUUGGUCAAAUAAUCGAUUCCAUAACCAAAACUGGUUAUUAAAAAUACCCGGUUUGUGCACCUCUAACCUAUUGUGCAUCUUUGAAGUUAUACAAAUUUGGACGCAUAAUAGAACAAGUCAACAUUGUUCUUAACACCAGAAUAUGACUUUACAUUGUAAUAGCCGGCAUUCAUUAUACUUCUUAUACAAUAAUCUAAUCUUUUUCUUCAACUUCCAAAACCAACUUUCAGAACAAAGGAUCCAUGGACCGGUUGAUAACUUUAGAGCCAUCUAAUGUGGUUGCAAUACGGGUCGAACCCAGUGAAAAGUGUUACGGUAAGCUCACUUUGCGAAACGUUAUGUACACCAUGCCGGUCGCUUUUCAGCUCAAGCCGGUUAACAAGGUCGCGUACAUGGUUCGACCACAAACCGGGAUCAUUCCUCCGUUGACAACGGUCACCGUUGAAAUUGCUUAUGAUCUCCCGCCAAAUUCAAACCUCCCGGAAUCAUACCCGUAUUGUGGUGACUCGUUUUUGUUACAUAGUGUGGUGGUUCCGGAUGCAGCGGUUAAGACCACUUCCAUGAAUGGUUCGGUCCCGAGUGAUUGGUUUACCACAAGAAAGAAACAGGUGUUUGUUGAUAGUGGCAUCAAGGUCAUAUUUGUUGGCUCGGUUGUUCUCGCUAAGCUCGUCACCGAUGGUUCGAUUGAUGAAAUAAGGGAUGUAUUGGAGAAAAGUGAUCCGACGUGGAAGGCGGUUGACUCUAUGGACUCCGAAGGUCGAACUUUACUUCAUUUAGCCGUUAGUCAUGGUCGAGCCGAUCUAGUUCAAGUGUUACUCGAGUACAAGCCAGAUGUAGAUGCCCGGUCAACUCGUACAAGAAUAGGGACAACUCCACUUGAGGCUGCAGUCGCGUCGGGUGAAAGCUUGAUUGUAGAGCUCCUACUAGCUAACCAGGCGACCAUAGACCGAUUAGACCCGUCUACGUGGGGUCCGAUUCAUUUAGCGGCGGGUGGGGGUCAUGUUGACAUUUUGAGACUACUUUUAGUCAAAGGAGUCGAUGUGGAUGCGGUUACGAAAGACGGGAACACCGCCUUACACCUAGCCGUGGAGGAACGAAGGCGGGACUGUGCUCGUAUGUUAUUAAACUGCGGUGCACGCUUCGACAUCUGUAAUUCUAGUGCGGGCGAGACACCGUUACAUAUAGCUGCAGCACUUGGUGAUGAAAGCAUGGUUAAGCUUCUAAUUCAAAAGGGUGCUAACAAAAACAUACAAAACCGAGAUAGGAAAACCGCGUAUGAUGUUGCGUUCGAGCAUGGACACACACGGCUAUACGAGGUGCUCGGUUUAGCUGAUAACUUGUGUGUAGCUACAAGAAAAGGGGAUAUUAGAGCCAUUAAAAAGCUUCUUGAAGGUGGAGUCACCGUCAACGGGCAGGACCAGCAUGGAUGGACUGUUUUACACCGGGCCUCGUUCAAGGGUCGGGCUGAAAUAGUCCAGAUUCUGAUCAAGAAAGGGGUUGAUAUCGAUGCACGCGAUGAAGACGGGUACACUGCUCUACAUUGUGCAGUGGAAUCAGGACACGCGGAUGUGAUCGAAUUAUUAGUUAAAAAAGGUGCUGAUGUUGAUGCAAGAACUAACAAGGGUGCCACUGCUAUGCAAAUAGCAAAGUCACUGAAUUAUACAGGUAUUACUAGAGUUCUCGUAGAUUCGAGUAAAACUACUGGAAGUAGAUAUGGCAAUGAGACGGGCUCGAUGAAGAAGAGGACGACUCGGGGUCUAGCGAUUCGUGGUAGUUUUGACCAAUCGGCUGCACCAUUGACGGUGAACUAAUUGGUCAGAUCCAUUCUUUCUGAUGAUUAAUGAGCUUUUUAUUUUCUUGCACAAAGAACUAAUGAUAAGUUCAUGAAACUGUUUAUUCUUGUAUUACUCUCAAAACAUAUAUACUGUUAUUUUGUAAGAUUUUUAACAUACCAAAAAAUGUAGCAUUUUAAGCCUAUUUUCUACAUUAAACUCAUUUGAAUGAAUGUUGCUUUUGUAUACAAGUCUUGUAGAAUGUGAGGAUAAGUUUCUAUCUAAAAGCCCUAAAUUCUAUUAUAUCAAUUUGCACCUAGAAAAACAUACUUAGCACAGCUAAAUCUCUGACACUUUAGGGAGUAAAUUCUAUUAUAUCAAUUUGCACCUAGAAAAACAUACUUAGCACAGCUAAAUCUCUGACACUUUAGGCAAAUCCCACAUCGUUUUGUUCUCUUUUGUCCAGAAAAGAUACCGGAGCGUAAGCAAUGCCCAGUCUUAAAAAUCACAACGCGU